CUGGAGCUCUUGAUUAAUUCAUCAGGAAGGGGAAAAUCGAACACCUCCAGGGGGAUGGAUGAGGCACGGCAUGAAUCUACGUCAGCCUAUCCAAUGGAUAUCAAGCAGAAAUUACAAAUCACUUUGGGGUGAUCGAGGACUAAGUGGAGUGUAUCGUGGGCACUGGCGGGCACAGCCCCACUUUGGCUCUCUAAUCCGACUGGACGACGCUACAAAUGGCCAAAUGUUAAUAUCGCCGCGCUUAUGAGAACAACAGCGCUUUUGCGGGGGUUCACGGAAAUUCAACCCUUCGAUUUGAAACGGGCCAGAACGAGGUGCACCUGAGUCAGAGAGGAAUGCCAACAACUGGGAAAUCGCCACCUGAUCCUCCACUCUCCCCAUUGGCCGUUGAAUGGUGAUACGUUCGAACUAGUGAUCCAGGGAUAAGAGAAGAAAAUGCGAUUCCGGUUCUUGGGAGAUGGCGACUGUCCGGAUUGGCUCCUCGCCGAGAUUAAUGCGCUAUCUCGAAUGACGUCCAUCAAAGUCAAGCUCCUAGGUCAAUUGUUGGUGAAAUCAAUCAUAAGUGGGAACCAGCUAGAUGAGGAUAAAGUUAAGAAGCUUACGUAUGAUGCAAAACUGGAGUUUGAGGACGCUAAGGCAAUAAUAGCUGCACUAGAGUUGAUUCUAAUGUCCUCUGUGAGGUAUGGGGUGAACGCGACAGAUCUGAGCAGUGAGCUUCAACAAUUGGGACUGCCUAGGGAGCACAGUAUCGCUAUUGGACGCCUACACACCGAUAAUUUCAAUAGCAUAUUGGAUUCACUGACGGCUCAAUCUCUCAGAUUGAGUCAUUUAUCCUCUUGGGAGAUAUUACCCGGUGAUGAGGGCACAUCGAGCUUUAUCAAAAUGUCACUGAAAUUGAAAAAGUUGGAUGGUACCGAAACAACUACAUCCAUCAACGUACCGAGAAGUCAAGUUCCUGUUCUUCUCGAGGAGAUGAAGAGAGUCAGAGCGAUGAUGGAGGACAUGUGAAUUAUCAUCAAAUUUCGAAAAAUUUCAACAGCAGGAAAAAGAAUGGACAUUUUUUUGUACAUGGUUUUUUUAUUUCUCAAUAAAUGAAUAUACAAAGUUUACACAUAA